GUUUAGCUGCACGUGUUGUUUUUUAAGAAAAAAAAAUAUUUUUUUUACAUUAUUAAUUAAAAAAAGAUACAUAAAAGUAAAUUUUAUAAUGAGUGAUGAUGAAUUAAGUGAUGAUAUGCAGGAGCUAAAUGAACUCAUUGCAGAAUAUCGUAGCAAGGAAGAAGAGGAGAAGAAUGAAGAACAACAAGAAAACUCUCCUGAAGACAAUACAAAAACAAGUGUUCAAAAUGAUGAUAUUAACGAUAAUGAAGUCCCCAUGGACAAAGUUUUAUUUGGAGACAAAGCCAAACUUUUAAAGAACUUGGAAAAUGCUAUAACAAAGCCCUCAAAGAAAAAUAAAGCUGUUAAAGUUGAAACUGAUAGUGAUGAAAGUGCGGAUGAUGAGAAGAAUGAGGCAAAUGAUGGGGGUAAAAGAAAGGCUAAAAAAAGAAAACCUGUAUGGACUGAUGCUAACGAUGAAGAAAUAGAAUUGGGCGAAGUAAAACGGGAGACAAAACGUACCGGUCCUUUGGAUCAUCUAAAUAUGGAUAAAACCUAUAAGGAAUAUUUAACCUCCCGUUUUACACGCUUAGUCAAUCAACCCAAAUGGGCUUCCUUAGAUGAAAAACAAAAGAAAGACAGCGACGAGGAGGAUGAUGAUGACAAACUUUUGCGAACUGUUGGAUUUCUUAAUAAAAAGCCAGAAGGUAUUUUAACAUCAGGCCAUUUAAAUAUGAAAGUAAUGAAGGAUUUAAAUCGCGCCACUUAUGCAGAAGGCUAUAUCAAUAGCAUACAAUUUCACCCCUCUAGUACGGCUGCUUUGGUAGCUGGUGACCACGGAAUAGCUACUAUUUAUGCCAUAGAUGGCAUUCAAAACGAAAAGCUACACAACAUACACAUCCCCAACUUUCCCAUUCGCUGUGCCAGACUUUUACCCUGCGGUACGAAGGCCGUCUUUGGUUCUGAUACACGUUAUGCCUACCUGUAUGAUUUAAUGAGCGCUAAAGAGUCCUGCUUAAAAUUGAGACGAAAUUUUGGAAAUUUAAGCAAUUUUACUGUAUCUCCUUGCGGUCGCUAUCUUGCAACAGCCGGUAUUUGCGGUGAAAUUCAUAUUUACGAAGCCAAAACAUUUGAACAUAUUCGAAGUUUAAAACAGAAUGAUGAAGUAGCAUCAUUGCGCUUUACCGGCGACUCACAAAGACUAAUUGUGAGUGGAAAUUCUUCAAAUGUUUGUGUAUUUUCGAUGCGGCAACAACGACUUGAACACAAGUUUAUUGAUGACGGCUGUAUAGUGGGCAGUGUUAUGGAUUUAUCGCCCAAUCAGCGUCUUUUGGCAAUGGGCAGCAAAGAAGGUGUGGUUAAUGUUUAUGAUUUCGAUAAGGUAAUGCUCUCGUCCACACCUCAACCCUUGAAGACCUUUUUGAAUUUAACUACGGGCAUAAGUUGCGUACGAUUUAAUCACUCAUCGGAACUGUUGGCGUUCUGUUCGAAUAUGAGUAAAGAUGCAGUUAAAAUAGCGCAUUUUCCCUCGGCCACGGUUUACGCUAAUUUCCCCCGAAAUGAUUUGAAAUUAGGACAUGUUCGUACUUUAGAGUUCUCACCGCAAUCGGCCUAUUUUGCUAUAGGUACUACAAAAAGUUGUCCUUUAUUUAGAAUUAAGCAUUUUAAAAAUUAUUAAAAAAUAUGUAUUUGUACAUACAAUUUUUUUUUAAGAAAAAUAAAUAAAACAAGAAAAACUUUAAAAAGAA